CAGCCGCCGUUCAUCCCUCCAUCUAUCUCCUCUGCUGGGCAACCAUGCUUUGGGCCUUCAUUUCUCCCAAGCAGCGCCGUUCUCCUCCCAGGAAGCCCAAGUUCAGCGCCAAGUUCCGCAAAUUCGGGGAGAAGUGCGGCGUGAGGAGUACCCCGGCCAGCCAGGGAUACAAGGAAAUCAAGAUCCUGACAGACGUGGACCCUCCCCCGUACACGCCUUUGUUCGCCCCGCCGCGCUCGCCCCUGCUACCGUCUCGCUCGCCCCUGCUCCCCGCUUCAGAGAAAGCCGGGCUGCACUCUCUGGGGAUGAGGGCGUAACGCUUCGCAUCAUGCCCCUCGGUGCCUCCAUCACCUACGGCGAAGGCUCCUCCGACGGAAACGGCUACCGCCAGUACCUACGCGACCUGUUAACCGAGGACGGCCACAUCGUCGACUACGUCGGCACCCGCAGCCACGGCACCAUGGGGGACAACGAUGUCGAGGGCUGGCCCGGUCUUCGCAUCGACCAGCUUGCUGCGAAGGCCGAGGCGUCGGUGCCUGCCUACCUGCCCAACCUCGUCCUGAUUGACGCCGGCACCGUCAACUGCCUCCAGGACGCGGGCCCAGACCACGCCGUCGAUCGCAUGCUCGAACUGAUCAACUACAUCCGGGGCGCCUCGUCGCGCGUCAGCGUCGUCCUCAGCACCCUGCUCGUCAGCGACAACAAGAACAACGAGACGGACGACUGCGCCCGCAAGGUCAACGAUCAGUUUCGCUCCCUCGUCCUGGACCAGCUGGCGCUGUCCCGCAAGGUCGUCCUGGCCGACAUGGACGGACCGGGAGGUCCGGAGGUCGACGCCCUCGUCGAUACCAUGCGCCCCGGCGACGGCGAUGCAGGGUUCGAGAAAAUGGCCGCCGUGUGGUUCGACAGCAUCCGGGACGCCGCGUCGCGAGGGUGGCUCGAGGCACCGCAGGUCCUGCCGUCGUCCCCGGGCGUUAACUCCACAGGAAGGAACUGAGUAUACAUACAACCACGGCAGCGGCUUGAGGCCGCAUUCGUCACACACUGUCAUUAUCGCCAUUCUCGUCCGACCACACACGACACGAUACCCGGCUGGAUUAUUACCCACC